AUGAACUUAGGUGCCGUGCUCAGCACCCUGGACGCCGCUUCGCUGUGGCCACGGUCCCUGGAGGCUUUUGCACUGGCAGAUCGCUGGGCGGACGGCGAAGAGCCAGGAGAGCUGGAGCAGCUUCUUCCCCAAGUGGGCGCGGAGGUGUUGGCCCGUGGCCCUGGUUUGGUCGCUUUGGACAAGCCUGCAGGGCGAAGCGUUCAGGAGCUGAUCCAGCCCUUGGAGGGCUUCGCCUCUUUGGUGUCGCGCCUGGAUCUGCCAACCUCCGGUGUGCUGGUGGUGGCUGCUGGCGGCACAGACACCGAUGCCUUUCAGGCCGCCUCCGCGCAGUUUGCCGGAAGGCUCGUGGACAAAGAGUACGUCUGCCUAUGUCGUGGCCAAGCCCCGGACGUAUUUGCCAACCGCACGCCGCUGCGAAAGCAGCGUGCCCACACCGAUUUUGAGCUGCUUGGCACCUUUCUGGCCCCUGCCAGUGUCAGCGCUCAGUCGGCUGGCGAAGUCUACUCGUUGGUCCAGGCAAAGCCAAAGACUGGGAGGAAGCAUCAAAUUCGAAGGCACCUUGCGGAAUUGGGCCUGCCUAUCGUUGGGGAUGCUCGGUAUGGCAGCGGACAUCUGGCCUGGUGCGCGCGGCUGUUCCUCCAUUGCCGGCAGGUUUCCAUGAGGGACCAGAGGGGAGGUCUCUUCCUGGCGACGUCGCCGCUGCCUGCGGAGCUGACGCGGGCUUUGGGGUGGCUUGAGCCCGUUGACGCCUGA